GAGAGAGCCCAACAACACACAGGGCUCUGCUUACACCAUGAGAAGGGGAGCUCUUGGCUGCAUUGUGGGCUCGCCCAACAUUCAGCUGAGGAUUUCUCGCUGUGUCUUAGCUCUUGCCGGAGGUCAUGCAAAUCGACCUUAAAAGAAUGCAUAAGCCAUAAAUUAAAAUAAACCCCGUAGCCACAGGCUGAUCCAUAAGCAGACAAUACCUAACCUGGACAAAACGGCUUCCUUUACGAGCUGGACGAAAAGAAUAGUGCCUAAAGUAAACGCAAAGUCAGUUUCAUGAAGUCAAAAGAAAUUUGCCAGUGAUUUCUGGGUGACGGGAAGAAUGUCUUCCAAGCAGGCCACCUCUCCAUUUGCAGCUGAUGGAGAGGAAACACCGACCCAGGACUUAGCGUCACAGGAGCAGGAGGAAGGCAACAAUGAAGAGCUGGUGGCUUCCCAUCUGCCUCUGCACACCUUAUUGCACAACAAACCUCACUCUGAGGAGCUACCGUCUCUAGUCACCACAAUCCAACAAGACGCUGACUGGAACAGUGUUAUCUCUACCCAGCAUAGAAUGGAGUCAGAAAGUAAUAAGUUAUGUUCCUUAUAUUCCUUCCGAAAUACUUCUACCUCACCACAUAAGCCCGAAGAAGGAGGUCGUGACCGCAGUGACCUAAUGACCAGUGUUAAUUUUGGAACUCCGGAACGCCGCAAAGGAAGCCUUGCCGAUGUGGUGGACACACUGAAACAGAAGAAGCUAGAGGAAAUGACCAGAACUGAACAGGAGGAUUCAUCUUGCAUGGAAAAGCUACUUUCUAAAGACUGGAAGGAGAAAAUGGAAAGAUUAAACUCAAGUGAACUCCUUGGAGAAAUCAAAGGUACACCUGAAAGCCUAGCAGAAAAAGAACGACAGCUCUCUACCAUGAUCACCCAGCUCAUCAGUUUACGAGAGCAGCUUCUGGCUGCCCAUGACGAGCAAAAAAAGCUGGCAGCAUCACAAAUUGAAAAACAAAGACAGCAAAUGGACCUUGCUCGCCAACAGCAAGAGCAGAUUGCAAGACAACAGCAGCAACUUCUGCAACAGCAGCACAAAAUCAAUCUACUGCAGCAGCAAAUUCAGCAGGUUCAGGGUCACAUGCCUCCGCUCAUGAUCCCAAUUUUUCCACACGACCAGCGGACAUUGGCAGCGGCUGCCGCAGCCCAGCAGGGUUUCCUUUUCCCCCCAGGAAUAACUUAUAAACCAGGUGAUAACUAUCCGGUGCAGUUCAUUCCGUCAACAAUGGCAGCUGCUGCUGCUUCUGGACUCAGCCCUUUACAGCUCCAGCAACUCUAUGCAGCUCAGUUGGCCAGCAUGCAGGUUUCACCUGGAGCCAAAAUGCCCUCUACCCCUCAGCCACCAAACACAACAGGGGCACUUUCACCUACCGGGAUGAAAAAUGAAAAGAGAGGGACCAGUCCUAUAACUCAAAUUAAGGAUGAUGCCGCACAGCCACUGAAUCUUUCAGCCCGACCCAAGACAGCUGAACCUGUCAAAUCCCCGACGUCACCAACACAGAGCCUCUUCCCUACUAGUAAAUCAAGCCCAGUGAAUGUGGCCAAUAAAAGUGGACUCCCCAGCCCCAUUGGCGCAGCUCUGGGAAGAGGAUCUUCUCUAGACAUCCUUUCUAGUCUUAACUCACCUGCCCUAUUUGGGGACCAGGAUACAGUAAUGAAAGCCAUUCAGGAGGCGCGGAAGAUGAGAGAACAGAUCCAGAGGGAGCAGCAGCACCAACCACAUGGCAUUGAUGGAAAACUUCCCUCCAUGAACAACAUGGGUUUAAACAACUGCAGAACUGAAAAGGAAAGAACACAUUUUGAAAACAUAGGCCCACAGUUAUCAGGGAAGCCCAAUGAAGAUGGAAAACUGGGCCCAGGAGUCAUUGACCUUACAAGGCCAGAAGAUGCCGAGGGAAGUAAAGCAAUGAAUGGCUCUGCAGCUAAACUACAGCAGUAUUAUUGUUGGCCAACAGGAGGCGCUACUGUGGCUGAAGCUCGAGUCUACAGGGAUGCCAGGGGCCGAAGUACCAGUGAGCCACAUAUCAAGCGACCAAUGAAUGCUUUCAUGGUUUGGGCAAAGGAUGAACGCAGAAAAAUUCUCCAGGCUUUCCCUGACAUGCACAACUCUAAUAUUAGCAAAAUCCUUGGCUCCCGAUGGAAAUCCAUGUCUAACCAGGAGAAACAACCUUACUAUGAAGAGCAAGCACGGCUCAGUAAAAUCCAUCUAGAGAAGUACCCUAAUUACAAAUAUAAACCCCGACCAAAACGCACAUGCAUUGUUGAUGGCAAGAAACUGCGUAUUGGAGAAUACAAACAACUGAUGAGAUCUCGAAGACAGGAGAUGAGGCAGUUUUUUACCGUAGGGCAACAGCCUCAGAUUCCAAUCACCACAGGAACAGGUGUGGUCUAUCCUGGUGCUAUUACAAUGGCAACUACUACACCAUCACCUCAGAUGACGUCCGAUUGCUCCAGCACCUCUGCUAGCCCUGAGCCCAGCAUCCCUGUCAUUCAGAGCACUUACGGCAUGAAGACAGACAGUGGGAGCCUUGCUGGAAAUGAAAUGAUAAAUGGGAAGGAUGAGAUGGAAAUGUAUGAGGACUUUGAAGAUGACCCCAAAUCAGACUAUAGCAGUGAAAAUGAAGCCCAUGAGGUCGUUGCUGCCAACUGAGGAUGUUUUCUGAAUUAAAGUACUCUUUUUUGUUUUUGUUUUGUUUUUUGAACAAAAAGUUCUUAAAUGAGCCUGCAUGCCUGUGUGGCUCCUACAGUUACAUCUGCAGAAUGGUCUUAAAUGUUUCUUAAUGUGUGUGACACAGAUUGUUCCCUGAUUUUUCAUGAACUUUUUUUUUUAAAUUUAGGUGAAGACAUUUAAGUAUCAGACAUUGGGACUUGAAAACGUAUAUGAAUCAAUAGCUGUCUUACAAGUCUUACCUUUUUGUCUCCCCCCCCCUCCUCCUGGAUGCUGAUAAAAAGGUUUAAGUUACUUUUAAAUGGGGGUUUUACAUUCUCACUCAGGUAUGCUGUGCCAGCCUACAGGUUGUGAAUGUGUUUUUAUUCUGAAUUAUUUUAGAAAACAAAAACAGAACAAAAAAAAAUUACCGCAAGUUUCCUAUCAUGAAACAGAACAAGUCCUCAAAUAUGUGCAUCUGUGUAUCUUAGCUCAUCUUUUUAAAACAAGUCUCUAAAUUCCAUUUUUUUCUCCACAUGUAUAGCUGAUCUUUUGAUGUGCCAAACUUUCAUAACUUUUGAAUCUUAACAUUUAAAAAAGUCUUAAGGGAGAUACUGUAAAGUCUUAGACAAUCUUUUGGCAUCUUAAAAAAAAAACCUAUAUAUCUU